AUGCCGGAGCCGAGGGACAGGCUAGUUAGGGCGGUGGGGACGGGCGAGCCGAUGAUGGAGGUGGAGAUGGGGAGGGGUUCUCAUCGAGACGUGUUGCGGGAGCUCGCGGUAAGAUCGGAGGCACGGCGAGGUUUCUAUUUCCAGGGUUCACGGGGUCGGGGGCAACGGCGAGCAGAGGGCAAGGAGAAUAUUAUGCCCGGGCGAUCUGUGUCGACGGCGCGGCGCGGUAGCCCGUUGCCUGUCUGGUACCCACGCACUCCUUUACGCGACAUAACUGCCAUUGUGAAUGUGAGACUCCACCGCGCCUAUUUCUGAUUCUUGAGCAUCUUGUGAAUCUCUCCCUUUCGUAUGCGCUCUUCUGACAUCGUAACCAUGGAUUUUUGGAUACCGGGAAAGGGCAGGAGGGAGGGGGGGCUUAUUAAUAAUAAAGAUUAGGCACGCACGAAGGAGGUGACUCAGCAAUGAAGGAGGCGAUGUGCCGAAAAUUGUCUUUCGUGAUGUCAGGGAGAAAUAAGGGUUUGAGGAGCUCCCCUAUCUGCUCCGUUAUCCUGUUUUCUACGCUGUCUUUGACUUUUUGCUUAGAAUCAUACGGAGCCAUGGCGCGCAGACGGGGCGACUCGCCAGACAGUUAGAAUCCGCUCUUGAGUAGCGACCGCCCCUGAUUCUCUAGGCCCAACGGCUGACACUUUAGAUGCGUAAUGGCAGUUCUGGCGUCACACAACCUAAAUGGGUUUAGGAAUAUCAGAAAUAUUUUAUUACUUCAUUGUUGCCCAAUCUCUCUCUCUCUCUCUCUCUCUCUCUCGCUCGCUCGCUCGAUCUCUCAACCGAAUCUUGCAACCGAUGUACCCAAAGGAUCGUUUUUGCUAUCCCUCUGAGUUAAUGGGCAUUUUGUCCAGAUGUUUUUCGAGUUCUUGCAAAAAGUGCUUGCAAUUUUUUUCUGAAGAAUGUUACAUUAAGUGCGUGAUGUCAGUAGACAAUCUGUAACAACUCUGCUCUAUGAUUUCCUUCUCAUGAUGUGAACGCGCGCUCUAUGGUUUUUGAACGGCUUUCUUUUAUACCAUUACAUGUGUUCUUCUGUGUCAAGGUAUUAGUUAAUAUAUAUUAAUUUCUGAUGGGUAGAUGCUUUUAUAUUAAUAUAUAUUAAUUUGCGGAUGGUUUUAUUUCUGCAUAUUUCCAGUCGCCGAAUUUCGACUCAAGCCCCUUUUCUGUUGCUCUUUAAACUGCUGUUAACUGUUGCUGGACUUUUGAGUAAUCUGCUGAGAUUUUUUCCCAUAAUUACAGGGUAUUAUUAGCAUUGGUUCUGUGUUAAUUUCUGCUGUCUGACUACAUCAUCAAGUGUUAGGCAGUACUGGUUCACAGCCUUCUCCAUGAUUAUCACGUCGUUUCUUCUUGUAGCAAACAUUGAAUUGUCCUGCGAUUGAAGUGGGCAUUAUCAUCAGAACCACUAAAAGCUUUAAUUCCUCUCGUUUAAUCGCACGCUGUUCUUAUGGUUCGUACAUUUCAGGCCGUGGAGAGGAGAAGAGCUUCUCUGAGGUUAGCUGCGCGGCAACGUCGUCAAUCGAGCGAGCUCCCCUCUCCCCCCGCAUUACGUGACAGUCCAUUGGAUCAUUUGACGAGGGUGGCCGAUAAAACUCCGGCUCCCAGCGGUAAAGCCAGCACAUCUUCUCCAUUGACCGCUGUGGUUUCUCCCGCUGCAGUGGAAGGCUCGCCGCGCACACCCUGCGUCCCUACUACAUCCGAAACAACUGCAGACAGCUCAAAACUGCUUGAACUGGAGAUGAAGCUCGAGAAAUCGAUCGAGGUGAUCGAGAAGGCUGUGAAGGAGAAUCUGAAGAGAACUCCGAAAGUAAAGAAUGGCGUGGAGGUGACGCGGUUGAAGUCUUUGAGGUCGAUGAGGUGA